AUGUUGGUUACCGAGCGACCUCAUGCACAACCUUUAUAUUUUGCCAAAGGGGCCCUUGACCGCCUGCUUCCUCUAUGCAUAUACUACAAUGCCCCAUCGAAAAAGCUACUUUCUUUAGUUCCCUCCGGAGGUCAGACUGUUCAAAUACCUGGUUUUACCAGUCGCCCUUUUUAUUCCGACAAUAUGAAUUCACUCUCCUACAAUGAGGAUUAUCUUGCCGAGCGACAUUGCGAACCACUUGGUGAUCUUGUCACGCUUGGCCAGUCUGGAGAGUCACUUUUUACCUCAUGGUAUUCUCCUUCUGAUAAGACUGGUUUACAUAUCCUCGACAACCCUCAUCGACAGCGCCUUCUCGAGGCCGCUCGAAAUCUCGGCCUCCAAGGCCUCCGUGUGCUGGCUGUUGCCGAAGGCCUUGCUCCUAAUGCUUUGUCACUUAUCGGCCUCGUUGGCAUCCACGACCCCCCGAGACCGGGUGUACAUGAUUCAGUCGACCGGCUACUUUGCUCUGGCGUUCGUGUAGUCAUGAUAACUGGCGAUGCUAAGGAGACAGCCUGCAGCGCACGCCUUUCUCUUUACAAACAUGGAGACAUUUGUCUCAGUGGGGAUGAAGUUGAAUGUAUGGAGGAAUCCAGUCUUCGAGCACUGGCAAACAGUGUGACCGUCUUCUACCGAGCCGGACCGAGACAUAAGUGCAAAAUUGUUAAGGUAAACACAAUGUAUUUUAUUUUACCCAAGUAUAAUCAUUGCCUUAUUCAUUACAAAUAA